AUGACCAAGUUUUUUCCCGAAGAUUAUUAUCCAUUAGAAAAGUCACCAUUAUGUAUUCAUUGGCUUUUAUCAAUUCCACCACCUACAAUAAAACUUUCAGAUGUUGCGAAAAAACUUAAAUCAUUAUUAGAAUCCAAUAAAACAAAUAAUAAUAAAUUAAUAACUGAUGAUUCAAUUAACGAUGAUAAUGAUAUUAAUAAUAACAAUAACACUCGGAUAAAUUUAAAAGAAAGUGAACAUAUUCGAAAAUCAAAUUUAUUUGCUGAAAUUGAUCAAGAUAUAAUUGAACAACAUAUAACAUUACAACAACAACAGGCCAAAUUUAUUUGUUCUGAAUUUUGGUUUUCUACAGACGAAGAAAUUGCCGAAGCAUUAGAAGAUUGUAACGGUGAUGAGCAUAAUAGUGAUUAUUUUAAAGAAUUACAAAAAUCAACAGUAGUUCAUAAAAGUUUACCAUUAUUAUCAUCUCAAAAAGGACCAGCGGAAGAAAUGCAAACUGAUGACGAUGAUGACAAAAUCAUGACACCAAAAAGGCAACGAAAAAAAUCCACAAAGACAACUAGAGAUUCUUCAAGUCAUUAUAAACACUCAAGAAUGAAAGGUCGUCUUACAUUGGAUGAGGCAGUGAAACAAGUUGAAAAAAAUAAUAGAAAUUUUAAUAAGGCAUUUCAAGGAUGGUCAGAAGCUCGUGUUAGAGCUUAUAAAUUAAUUGACAAAAAUCCGAAUGCAUAUUAUUAUCGGUUCAAUGCACCCGGCGAAGAACAAAGAUUAGGAAGAUGGGAAGAGGAAAUAUUAUUCUUUAAUAGAUUGGCAGAAUUAGGUAAUGAAUGUCAAUGGGGAAUAUUUUCAAUGGCAAUUCCUGGUCGUGUUGGUUAUCAAUGUUCCAAUUUUUAUCGAUAUUUAAUUGAAUCUGGAAGAAUUAAAGAUCCAAAUUAUGUAAUUGGCAAAAAUGGUAAGGCACAAUAUUUGUUUAAAUCUAUGAAUAAACGAACAACCGAAAAGGAAGAAAUGAUUAGAAAACAUUCAAAACAUGAAAGUCGUGUUAAAAAAAGUAAAACUAGUAAUAUUCCUGAAAGCCAUGUUUUAAAAUCACAACAACAAGACCUAAUGCAAGGUGUAGCAGGAACCGAUGAUGUAGAUGUUAUUGAACAAAAUGACGAUGAUGAAAAUCCAUUGCCAGGUUUUAUUGAUACAAUUUCAUUUGAAGUAGUUAAACGUCCUGCAAUCUCUCCUUAUGGGCAUGUGAUGGGAUAUGAUAGUUGGGUAAAAUGUCUUUCUACAGGACCAAAGAAAAAUAUUUGUCCUUUAACCAAAAAACCUUUAAAAAAACGUGAACUUGUUAUAUUGACCAAGGAUAACAUAAAUCAAUACAGGUUGGUUUUUAUUUGA